AUGGCGCGCAGACGCACCAAGAAGCGCACCCACGUGGGCGCCGGCAACCCCGACGUGGCCUCGGCCGGCCACGCGUCCGCCCGCGACCCCAAGAGCAUGGUCAUCCGCAUCGGCGCCGGCCAGGUCGGCCCCAGCGUCAGCCAGCUGGCCGCCGACGUGCGCCGCGUCAUGGAGCCCGGCACGGCGAGCCGGCUGAAGGAGCGGCGCGCCAACAAGCUGCGCGACUACGCCGUCAUGUGCGGGCCGCUGGGCGUCACGCACCUGCUGCUGCUGUCGCGCUCCGAGAGCGGCAACACGAACCUGCGGGUGGCGGCGGCGCCGCGCGGCCCGACCAUGCACUUCCGCGUGGAGAAGUACUCGCUGUGCAGGGACGUCCAGCGCGUGCAGAGGCACCCCCGGGGCGGGGGCAAGGAGUACCUGACGCCGCCGCUGCUCGUCAUGAACAACUUUGCCACGCCCGGCGCCGACGCCCGGUCCAAGGUGCCCAAGCACCUCGAGACGCUCGCCACCACCGUCUUCCAGUCCCUCUUCCCGCCCAUCAACCCGCAGCAGACGCCGCUCAAGACCAUCCGCCGAGUGCUCCUGCUCAACCGCGAGCAGCCCGCCCAGGACGGCGACGACGACGACGACGGCACCUUCAUCGUCAACUUCCGCCACUACGCCAUCACCACAAAGUCCACCACGGCGUCCAGGCCCCUCACGCGCAUCAAGACGGCCGAGCGGCUCAUGGCCGCCAAGUCCAGCCGGCAGGGGCGCAUGCCCAACCUCGGCCGACUGGAGGACGUGGCCGACUUCAUGACGGGCGGCGACGACGGCGGGUACGCGACCGACGCCACGAGCGGCAGCGAGCCCGACACGGACGCCGAGAUCGAGGUGGUGGAGAGCGCGCCCAGGAGGGUCGUCUCCGCCAAGGCGCGCCCGCACGGCAGGCAGCCCGGGCCGGGGGACGAGCCGGACACGGUGGAGCGCCGGGCCGUCCGGCUGGUGGAGCUCGGCCCGCGCAUGCGUCUCCGCCUGACAAAGGUGGAGGAGGGCCUGUGUUCCGGCAAGGUCCUGUGGCACGAGUACGUGCGCAAGAGCCGCGACGAGGUGAGGGAGCUGGAGCAGCGGUGGGAGCGGAGGAGGCAGGACAAGGAGGCGAGGAAGAAGGAGCAAAAGGCGAAUGUGGAGAGGAAGAGGGCCGAGAAGGAGGCCAAGAAGAAGCAGGGCAAAGCCGACGGCCAGGAGCAGGCCGACGACGACGACGACGACGACGACGACGAGGAUGACGGCGAGAAUUACAGCGAUGUGGAUUUUGACGAGUUUGACAGCGAGGGGUUGGCGGGCGACGCCGAGUUCAAGGCCAACGAGACAAUGGAGCAAGCUGGCGACUGGGAGGAUGAGAGGCAGGAAAUCGGGCGGGAAUAA